GCCCUCCCACUUUCUGUUGGUCCGCGGGGAAGUCGCAAGAUGGCCGACGUCGCAUGAAAGUAUGUUCCUCUCCUCAACAUGAAGUCGUGAGUGAGACAGAGAGCGAGGGAGCUUACGUCGGGCUUUUGUUUUUGUUUUAUUUUAGUUGUUUUACUUUAUUUUCCCCGUAAUUAUUCAUCUCAUUCCGAAUCGUGGCUUCCCUCGAUUUGUCUCGACUAGUUGACGCGUCAAUCACGCCGGGAUCUUGGCUAACUGGCUAAGUGCGCGAGCUAGUUUGUUAGCCGCAAACUGUAGCUCUUAUAACUGUUAAUCAGUAUCGGUUAGAUAUAGUUUUAAUAACAGCGAGCAUGUUGGAUAGCAAUGCGUAGUCAUUGUUUAUAUUGCAGCUAGAUGAGUUACUAGACGGGUUUAUUUUGAUGUUACCAACAUUGUCGACAUUAUAACUGUAACGUGCGUGCCGUUAUCCUCCAUCGUUACAUUGUAGACAGUGGUUAUGUGGUGCAACAUUGUAAUUAAUCAAAACAAAUAACGUUAGACUGUCGUUUGGAUUACAAUACUGGGACAUCACUGUAACACAGUAAGGAAUGGACACAUGCUAUACUUACACGACCAAAUGUAAAAAAUAGCCACACAUAUCUGUCAUUUUACCGAGGUGUUUAUUUGACAGUUGCAUUUUGUCGGGUUGUUUACCUUACGCACCACACUGUAAACAUUUCAGAUUAGUUAGCCAAAACUACUCCUGACACUUUGGCUAAGUAAUUAAUCUUCUCAAUAUAAGGUUCACACAUCUCGCGCUUAUAGACACUCGUACAAGCAACAUGGGAGUUCAAGGCUUUCAAGAGUAUUUGGAGAAACGUUGCCCCGGGGCGGCGGUUCCGGUGGACCUUCUCAAGCUCGCACGAACAGUAGGCCGUCAGCCCCCACAUCACCACCACCACCAUCCCCAUCAUCCGAGCUCGCUGCCUCCGCCUCCCCCGCCAGCUCGCAUUCUCGUUGACGCAGACUCCGGCCUUCAGCGGCUGUACGGGGGCUACCAGACCGACUGGGUUUGCGGAGGCGAGUGGAACGCAAUGCUCGGCUAUCUGGCGGCGCUCUCCCAGGCUUGUUUGUACCAGGGCGGACUGGAGCUGGUGGUGGUUUUUAACGGCACGCUUGGGAAAGAUCGCUGGCCGGAGUGGGCGCGGCGGGCACAGGGACAGAGGCAAACAGCGCAGCUUAUCGUCAAUCACGUUGGCAGCAAGGCCACGCCCCCUCCGCGGGCCUGGUUCCUGCCCCCGGCCUGUCUGAGCCACUGUGUCCGUCUUGCCAUGUUCAGAUUCCGCGUACGGGUAGUGCAGACCCUUGAGGACCACCACCAGGAGGUGCUCUCCCUGUACAGAGACUACGGUUUUCAGGGUCUGAUUGCACAGGACUCAGAGUUUGCACUAUGCAACGUCCCAGCCUAUUUCAGCUCACAUGCUCUCAAACUCUCCUGGAACGGCAAGAAUCUGACCACUCACCAGUACCUGCUAACAGAGGCUGCUCGCCAACUUGGCCUCAAGACCCAGCACUUGGCCAUCUUUGCUGCUCUACUUGGUAACCACAUUCUGCCAGAUGAAGACUUGGCUGCCUUUCAUUGGAGUCUUUUAGGCCCAGAACAUCCUCUUGCCUCACUCAAGGUAAGGGCUCAUCAAUUAGUUCUCCCACCUUGUGAGGUUGUCAUCAAGGCUGUAUCUGAAUAUGUGGCAUCCAUCAAAGAUCUUGGGAAUUUGGAUUCGGUGGCCAAGGAUGUUUUUAAGCAGUCACAGUCACGAACCGAAGACAAAGUUGAGAGGUUUAAAAAGGCAGUGGAGUAUUUUUCAGUGGCCAGUAAACCUAGACCUCUCUCCAUGGGACCUUCUCCUUACCUCUUUCCAGGCUUUGGGCCUAGUCAGUUUAGUGGACCUCCAGGCCACAUGGGGGCAAUGCAGCCUGGAAAAGCUCAGUUUGGUCCACCCCAGAUGUCAGGUGUUAAGGUGCCUUAUCUAGGUGGGCUCUACGGACCCAGCCCUGCCACUGGUCCUGCCCUUUUAUGCCAGAACCCCACACAGCCUCUACAAGACUGUAAUGAUUCGCUAGCUGGGAAAAUGGGCUUUGCUGAUUGGUCUGCUCCAUAUGAUUCCUCACAAGGUGGCAACAGACAGCCCAAUCAUCACACAGCUGCUCCUACAGGUCCUUCCCCUUCAUCGUCGUCAUCUUCAGAUGGGGAAGAGCAAAAUGACACCAGCACUAAUCAUUUGGCUGACAAAUCUUCGAGAUGGGAAGAUCCCAGUGGACGAGGAAGCGGGCCCUCUGGGGAUAGCCACCAUGGCAAUGGAAGUGGCCCGUCCAUCCCGUCUUUGCUGUCCAUGCCGACACGCAGUCACAUGGACAUCACAACUCCGCCCCUUCCACAGGUCAGUGCUGAGGUGCUGCGAGUGGCAGAGCACAGACACAGAAGAGGACUCAUGUAUCCACAGAUCUACCACAUCCUGACCAAGGGGGAGAUGAAGAUGCCUGUGUGUAUAGAGGAUGAGUGCAACCCAGACCUUCCUCCUGCCUCUCUUCUUUUCCGUUCUGCACGCCAGUAUGCCUAUGGGGUGCUGUUCAGCUUGGCUGAGACCCAGCGGAGGCUGGAGAGACUGGCUAUGCGCAAACGAAGUCCAAUUGAUGUGCCCCCAGUUAUUGUAAAGGAGUGGUGUGCCAGUAAAGCUAAAUCUGCCCUGACCCCAGAGCUAGUCCCAGCCCUGUGUUUCCGCGAGUGGACGUGUCCCAACCUGAGACGGUUGUGGCUGGGUAGAGCUUCAGAAGACCGCAGCCGCCGCACUCGAGCCUUCCUGGCCUGCAUGCGCUCUGACUGCCCUGCCCUGCUCAAUCCGGCAUGUGUGCCGUCUCACCUGCUGCUCAUGUGCUGCGUGCUCAGGUAUAUGAUGCAGUGGCCAGGAGGCCGUAUUCUUCAGCGCCAUGAGCUUGAUGCCUUUUUGGCUCAAGCUGUGUCCAAACAGCUCUAUGAGCCUGACCAACUUCAGGAACUCAAGGUGGAGAAGGUGGAUAACCGUGGGGUUCAGCUUGCCUCUUUGUUCAUGAGCGGUGUGGACACUGCCUUGUUCGUGAACGACGUGUGCGGACAGCCCCUGCCAUGGGACCACUGCUGCCCUUGGGGCUUUUUUGAUGGGAAAUUGUUCCAGAGCAAGCUAGCUAAAGCCACCAGAGACCGAGCCUCCUUACUUGACAUGUGUGAAGGCCAGGAGGAGCUGGUUUCAAGGGUGGACAAGAUGCGCCAGGCCAUUCUGGAAGGCAUCAACCUCUCCCGACCGCCUCCCCCACCUCCACCACUGCCACCCCCUGCAUUCCUCCCCCCUUCCAUGGUGCCACCUUUCUACCCCAUGCACCCUUUGUACCCUCCUCGUCCGUUGGGCUCCAUGCCACCUCCUCCUCACCACCACCAGCACCGGCCCAGGGCCUUCCCAGGAAUCCAGUCUAUACCUCCCCAGGGUGGCAAGCUGGAAAUAGCUGGCAUGGUUGUUGGUCAGUGGGCUGGGAACAAGCCACUGCGUGGCAGAGGGGGGUUCAAUAUGCAGGUGGUGUCGGUGGGAGGGAGAGGAAGGGGUAAAGAGGUUAUAUCAAGAGGAAGGGGAGGGAAGAAAAUGACCACCAACAGAACACAGACACUUUCAGCAUCGCCUCCCUCCACCAGCCCCCCAAAGCUCAGCGAGGAUCCUAAAGCAAUGGGGCGACCUGCUGGACCCACGGAGGGAACAGGGACUGUAUCACAGCAGCUGAACGGCAGCUCUUCAGGAAGCGCCACCGGUCAAGCCCUUGACCUGCCACCACUGGCCCAGCCAAUCCAGUGUGCCUUAGCCAGCAGAGACAACCAGUCAGGAGAUGACGUGGAGGUAGAGGCCCCUUGUUGCCUUGACGACUGCCCGUCAGAUGGUGCACUACAGAAGGAGGAGUAAUUACAUCCCAUAAUGUAAUGAGAAUGCGAGAGUGAGGGGGAAUGAUCUAAGGUUGACUGUCUUUUCCUUGCAAAAUUAAAUAUUUAGGGCACGGUAGCCACUUUGUGUUAUCAUAAUAUAAUUUAUGAUGCUACACGCUGGAAACAACAGGUGGGCAGUGACAGGAUUACGGUCCGUGUCACCUUACGAGACGGUUCUGAUUUAAAACCUAGCAAAUUUAAAUCGCAACCCUCGACUGCACAUCUUCGGAUUCUGGACCUGAUCCUUUCCACUGGCCAAUCGGUGUUGUAGCAUUUAUUUUUUAGCGUCGUUUUAAUUUUAGACCCUUAGUACAUCAGUGGUGACCUUUUAUGUAUGAUUGCCUAAAAUGGCUACAAAAGGCCCUUAUUGCCCAAAGUAUAUUGUAAAAUUUACCUGCUCGGAUCACUGUUGCACCGUGUUACGUAGCACAGCAGCACCCUGCUCUCAAAUAACACAGCAAAGAAUUACACUAUUUAAACCCUAACUGUAUCUGAAGUGCACCAUAGGGGAGGAUUCAAUGACAACACUGCCCAGUAUAGUACAGUAGAAUGAAAACAUGAUGGAGUUGAUAUUUGUAUGUCACAGUGUGCAUUCACACACACAUGGUUUUCCCGUUUUUAUUUAUUUUUUAUUUUUUGCCAUACCAUGUGAAAAAGUUGCCCUUGAAGUCCCGACUCAGAUAUGAGUAAGAACAAUUGAACGCCCAGGAGAGUUGUACAGGUUGCAUUGCGUAGAUCUACUCUGUUGCUUUAUUUUAAUAUUUCUGAUGAUCUGUCAGCUAAUUUAAACCCAAAUCCCCUUUAGGAUAAGCAAACAGCAGUACAACUCAGUCCUACAUUUACUAAGUUAUAAAUUAAAUCUUUAAAGCACCUUGAAACCUGCCCAAGGUUAUAGAUAUGCAAGCUCUUAUUGUGAAAGAAAUACCCUUAAAAUUGAUUGUAUCAUAACGUGAAGCACUUAAAAAUUAUUUAUUACAAUAAGAAAGUACUGCUCUAUAUAGAUAAAGUUAUUAGGUUAAUUUCAUUAUACCAACUUUUUGACAGUUUAACUGUCCGUAUAAGCUUUUACCUUGCGUGUUGUUUACCAGUAUGACGUACAAAUUGGCACCAACCCAUUUGAAUGUGAGUGCUCGAGUGCACUUUGUUUAAAAAAACGAAAACACACUGGCUUGUCCUCGAACCAGGAUAAAGAAUAUCCGAGGCUUCUGCUAGAGUUAGGGAGGAAGCGAAACGGUGUGUUCACCAUACUGUUUGACAUCCCAGCUGUUUGUAUAUAGACCCAAAUGUACAUGAUCCUGUUACGCAACGAUGCGAUUUAGAGGAGUGAUUUUAUCAGUGGUCGAGAAUGCACACAGUCCUUCAGAUAGACCUUGAAGACCUGCCAUUUGACAUCUCUCAGCUUCACGGUGCUUCUUGGUGAAGUCUUUUAUGUUGAUUUUAGUUUUCUCACCCAUCUGUCAUUCAUUCUCCGUGCCUUGCCCUUGUGCAUGUGUACCAUGUGGUCGUUUUUUGUGCAUGUGCAUUCUCCUACCAUAGCUAAAAUCAUUGAACGUUUUGUCACGCUUUAAAUAAUUGAAAGUAAUUAUUCAACCUUAGGAUCACCUUCUAUUGUGACGAAGUCAUUUAGAAAAAUAAUUUAAAAGUCAUUUAAAAAAAAAAAGACAGUUUGUGACUAAUCUCUCCAUCGUCUCGUUUUGUGACAGUCAGUCCUAUAAACUCAUGCACUUAUGUGUUACAGAGAGAUACUCUGUUGAGGCUUUAAAAAAAAUCUUAACAUACACUGUAAAAAAUGCAAUUGUUGGGCCAAAUAUAAACAUUUUCUGGUUUAAUGUAACCCAAUAGUUGGGUUCAUCUCUUUUUGACCCAGAGUGUAACAAAGCACCCUUAAGGGUAAAGCCCCAUUUGCUAUAGAUUGACCAUUUUGCAUCAGAUGGUUAGAAAGUAAUUAUACUCGCAUUUAAUGUUUUAAAUACACAGUGAUUUGUUGGACCGUAGUUAUGAAAGUAUAAUGUAAGAAUACUAAUACACUUGAGAGGGUAUCGCAUUUAAUCAUCAUAGUUUAAAAAUCUGUACAAUUGACAAUAUCAAGAUAACAUCACAGCUUUCUAUGAAGUCAUAAGAUGCACCUUAUUUUGUUAUGAUAGGAAGUGAAUAAAUAUUAUAUUUAGUGCCACUAAAGUAUAUUGAAAGCUCUUUAAAUCAGAUUAUGAAAGACACCCAUUAUAGCUAUGUCUAUAUGUAUAUUCUGCAAAAUUUCACUUUUCACAAACCACGCUAUCAAAUCGCAUUUAAAGUUCGUCAGAAAUAUCGCACCAAGCAUGCAUUUUGAAUGUAUGACAAAGUUCAUGAUAUUUCCGUAAGGACAGUGAAAUAUCAACGUCAAAGACAAUACUAGACAUACCGGACAGACAUUAAGCCAAGAAUAAUCUUGACUUUAGCACGAAAGGUAAUAUUCCUUUUAAAACGAAUAUGGUACACCAUCAUGCACAUUACAACAUUUUAAAUGUCAAAUUUAGGUUGUCACAUUUUAUUACAAGUUAAGUACAGUAGUGCUAGUUUUUAAGAGGAUCUCCAGCAUGUUAUAGUGUAUACGAACAUGCGUACAGAGUGAUACACACCCAUUAUUGUUAACACAGAUUAAAGUUUCACUAGAUCCUUUUCAAAAACAUUCAAGUCUAUCCGUCUGUGAUUUAAAGCAGUUUAGUUUUUCUUCAAGUGUGUUUAUUGUCAUAGAAUAUCAGUAGCUCCUUCACAUUUAGUUUUAAGUGUAAUCUAAGAAGAAGAAAAAAACACAGCAUAAACCGAAAUAUACAGACACACCAAAUAAGAUAUAAUCUUUCUCUCCUACAGUCUAUACAGUCUCUGUUAUACCUGUAGAGAGACAUCAUUUAGUAUGAGGGAGUAUUUAUAGCAUACUCAGAUUGUGUAUUGUCCAGAGUGUUAAUUUCUCUUUUCAUUAUUUGGAUACUUAAUUUGCCGUGUCGGAUGCUUUGUUCCAAAGUUACCCUCUUCAAAGCUUCUUUGCUUUGUUUUAGCUGCUUAAACUGUCAUUCGUUCGUUCAUUCAUACAUGAUUUAUAAAGAAACUUGUGUGAGAUGUGCAACAUAAGUAUAUAUUCUGACAAUACAUAUGGUAAUACUUGCGUUGUAUGAGAGAGAUACUCUGGAGAUCUGUGAGGAUGGCUUGGCCACCUAAUUUAAGUUUGGAGCUUUGUUUCUCCAGAUGUUGGGCCCAGUCUUGAUAAACUCAUCAACAUAGAAAAUUUGCGAUAAACGCAGAUGUAGUUUUUUAAUUAUUUCUUUAUAGACAUUUAUUAUUUCAGUAACUUGUAAUAUUCAAGCAUUUGUCGCUUCUGUAUUCUUAGUUUGCCCAGAUUGUGACAUCUCCCUCUACUCAACUGUCCCGUUUCUUUUUAUUCUUGAAAUAAUCUCAUAUAUUCUUGCUUAUGUUACCCCUGCAACAAGCUCCCCUUACCUCUUCAUACAAACAGUGAAAGAUUUUAACUUUUAUAAUUAGUUCAGUCUGUCUGUCUGUAAUUUUAGACAAGAGUUGGUAACAUUUUCAACAGUGAAUCAAAAAAUGUAGAACCUUAACAUCUUUGGUUUCAUUCAGUUGUGAAAUUGUGUUUUACUUAAUUUUUAAAUGUUAUUUCAACUGCUACUCCUUUGACCGUUGCUACAUUUAGUAUUAAAAUUUGCUUAGCAGAACUAGAUAUUUUUAACAGUAAUGAUUGCAAUUUUCCUCACCUCUGUUUUGUAUGGUAUUGUUUCAAGCCACUUCACCAUUUUGAUGUAAUAUUCACAGAAAAAUAAACACGGAUACAUUUUUUCACGAUUUCAGUCUGAUCAAAACUGGUCAAAAUCAAAAGCCGAUUACAUUUGAGAAAGCAUUACUUUGCUUCGUACAAAACAGACUAAAUUUCACAUGUUCAACUGAUUAAUUAUCAACCAAAGUAAAUAUCUGGAAGCUAUGUUUUCAGUAUAGGUAAAACGAUUUGUUGGGUCAACUUAAAAAAGUAAGUUACCUGGUUGACUAUUUUAAAAAGUUGUUUAACAAAAUUUUUAUUUAAUUAAACUUAAAAAUAUUAAAGGCAACCAGCCAACUUACGUUUUUUUAAGUUAAACCAACUUUUUUACAUUUGUGUAUAUUAUAUACAGUUGCGUGGUUUUAAUAAUUGCGAUACGCAAGGCGUCUAUAAUCUGAUACUAAUUUAAGAAAAUGUGAUUUUACAUCUUUUUGGUGAACAACGGCUAAAUCUUGUAUCAUCCAGUUUUAUUGCUAAAAUGAAGAUUUUUUUGUCCUCUCAAGUUAAGCCUUGGACACAGCUCUUGAUACUGAUUAACCCUAGAACACAUUAACUCCCAUGUACAUGUAUUGUCCCUCUGAAAUAUGUAGCUUCAAUUGUAGUCAUGGAUAGGUUAAGUGUGAACACAUACUGUAACCAUAUACACAAACAAAUGCUAUUAUGGUAAAAGUUUUGCCUGUGCAUUCCUGUAGAUUUGUGUCUGGACCUCCGAUCUGACUCUCGCUUUAUAACUGUUACCCCGUAUCCUGGCUGUGUAGCCCUUCACUCCACAGGACCACAUGUGUGCUCUUAACUGGUGUUGUCAGGUUUCAAUCCUAGUCUGAUUACAGCAAUGUGUUGUGUACGGUGGCCCACUUUAGGAAGUACCCUUUUAUGUGGUCCCCACUGCUUUGUAGCACGUGGCCCGCUCAUAGCCCAUAGACAGUCAAGUCGACCCAUCCAUUUGUAGGCAACACAUUCUGUCGUCUGUUCUUGGGAAACUGAUCCGUUCAUCAACACAGACGCAUUGAUGCAUGCAUCAAGAUCUCCAAAAGCUCCAAAAAAAACUUGUGAAGUGAAGGGUAAAGUUCAUUAUUAUUAUUGCUGUUAUGGUUAUGAUCGUUAUUAACAAUUUCUCAUUUUUAGUAAAAAGAAAGCACCUGAUUGUUUUGGAAAGAAACUUUUCUUUUUAAUUUGUCUUGCUGUUGUGGUCUGAUUUCACAAUGGAUUGGGGAGAAAGCCAAAAGGCUCAAGAGAGAGAGAGAGUCAAAGUUGGCAGUCAUGUUUGUAUGGUUGGGAAAUGACUUCAGUGCUGAAAUAAAAUUUAUUCUUUUAGUAAA